UCUUCGCCAUAUCAAAGUUUUUUUUUUUUUUUUUUUAAUUUUUUAUUCCUUUAGAUCUGCUUUCUAGUAGAGAGAGAAAAAAAGCUGGUUCUUCAAUGACGAAUCGAAGAUCAAUCGAGGUGUUGAAUAUUGUUUUAUUUUUACUAAUACUACUUUUAUCAUCAAAAGUUCAAACAUCGUUUGGUUCCCAAGAAAGACAUUUCAAAUGGGACGUGGAAUACAUAUUCCGGGCUCCAGAUUGCUUGGAACAUCCAGUGAUGGGAAUCAACGGCCAGUUUCCUGGUCCGACCAUCAGGGCUAGACCUGGGGACAACAUUGUUGUAGAGCUCACUAACAAGCUUCACACUGAAGGUGUUGUUAUCCACUGGCAUGGAAUCACACAGUUUGGAAGUCCUUGGGCAGAUGGGACUGCAUCAAUUUCUCAGUGUGCUGUCGAUCCUGGAGAAACUUUUUUCUACAGGUUCAAAGUUGAUAAGCCAGGAACAUAUUUUUAUCAUGGACACUAUGGAAUGCAAAGAUCAGCAGGCCUAUAUGGGUCCCUGAUAGUUGACGUGGCAGAAGGAGAGAAAGAGCCAUUCCAUUACGAUGAUGAAUUCAACUUAUUGUUGAGCGACUGGUGGCAUAAAAGUGCUCAUGAGCAAGAAAUUGGCUUGUCUUCAAACCCUUUUCGUUGGAUUGGCGAACCCCAGAGCUUGUUAAUCAAUGGAAGGGGGCAGUAUAAUUGUUCUCUGGCAGCAAACAAUGGCAAUUCCUCUUCUCCUCAGUGUAAAUUCCGGGGAACAGAGCAAUGUGCUCCUCAGGUUCUCAAAGUACUACCAAAUAAGAUCUACAGGCUAAGAAUUGCCAGUUCCACUGCUUUGGCGUCUCUCAACUUGGCCAUUGGGAAUCACAAAAUGAUAGUGGUAGAAGCUGAUGGAAACUAUGUUCAGCCAUUUGCUGUGGAUGACUUAGACAUUUACUCAGGAGAAAGUUACUCAGUCCUAAUAACCACAAAUCAAAAUAAAGAAGAGAACUACUGGCUCUCUAUAGGAGUAAGAGGAAGAGAACCCAAAACCCCUCAAGCCCUUACCCUUUUAAACUACCUUCCAAAUUCUGCAUCUAAGCUUCCAAAUUCUCCACCUCCAGUCACUCCUAGAUGGAAUGACUAUGCCCAUAGCAAGAAUUUCACUAAAAGCAUCUUGGCCUUGAUGGGGUCCCCAAAACCCCCAGCAAACUUCCACCGUCGGGUUGUCCUCCUCAACACCCAAAACAAGAUCAACGGCUUCACCAAGUGGGCCAUCAACAAUAUAUCAUUAGUGCUGCCACCUACUCCUUAUUUGGGGUCCAUCAAAUAUGGUCUAAGGAAUGGGUAUGAUAAAAGAAGACCACCUGAGGGCUUCCCUAAUGAGUAUGAUGUUAUGAAGCCCCCCAUUAACCCAAACUCCACUACUGGUAAUGGAAUUUACGUUUUUAGCCAUGGAAGUAUAGUGGACGUGAUACUUCAAAAUGCCAAUGCGUUGACUGAGAAUGUGAGUGAGAUUCAUCCAUGGCAUUUGCAUGGACAUGAUUUCUGGGUAUUGGGUUAUGGAGAAGGGAAAUUUUCAGAGAAAGAUGUGGGAAAAUUCAACUUGAAAAACCCACCAUUGAGGAAUACCGCAGUGAUUUUCCCGUAUGGUUGGACUGCUCUUAGAUUUGUUGCCGAUAAUCCAGGAGUUUGGGCAUUUCAUUGCCACAUUGAGCCUCAUUUGCAUAUGGGAAUGGGAGUUAUUUUUGCUGAAGGUGUUAACCGUCUUCCUAAAGUUCCUAAUGAGGCUUUUGCUUGUGGACUUACUGCUAAGAGGUUUAUGAAUGGCAACAAUAACUAAGAUUAAUUUGAUCUAGAAUGUUUGAUCUUUUGUAAGUCUAAUAUGAGUGUAGAGAGGGAGAGGGGGGUUAAAUGUUUCUUUUUUCCCUUAUUGUAUGUGUAUUUGUAUGGUUGAAUUUAAUUGCUACUUCAUUGGAAAUUAAGUGGUGUAUUAGGUGUUUUUAAUAUAAUAUUGUAUUUCUUUUA